AUGGUAGCCUUUUUCUUACCCCUUGCCGGCCUCGGCGCCCUUGUGUACCUCGUCACGCCCAUCUCAGCCCAAGUACCGACGGUUUCCCUGCUGAUCGACAGCUCAACACGCUUGUCAGCGGCGGAAGCUCUCAAUCUCAACUUGCGCAGCGUUCUAUCUCAAGUAUCAUCUCGUAAGGGUGCGACAUUCCACUUCGGGUCUACGUACUCCACGCCGUCGUCAGCUGAAGCAGCAUGGACAAGCAACAUCUUUUCCACCUUUUUCUCAGCUGUCGUAGCUGAGAAUGACUGUAAAUGGUACGCCACGGAGCCUACUCGGGGUACUUUUACUCUCUCAGCAUGCGAGGCUGUCUCCUCCUUGGCUGGGGCGCAUGGCGCCACUUUCCGUGGUCACAAUACUUUCUGGCAUCAACAGCUCCCUUCUUGGCUGCCUGGCACCGUUACGGCCACCGACCUUGUUCAGAACGUCAUCCCGACCCAUGUUGCUGGUGUGAUUAAAGGGCUUGGUACUAAUGUUAGUUCGUGGGACGUGAUGAAUGAACUCAUUACUGACUCUGCGACCACGGCAAUGAAUUCAUACCAAUGUGUGCAGAACGCUGAUCGCUGGCCGACCGUCACCGCAGACGGCGGCUCGACUGCUCUAGAGACCAACUUGCAGUUCGUCUACGCCGCCUUCAAGACAGCUCUUACGAAUGCUCCCACCACAGCCACGCUAGUUUACAAUGACUAUUCUACGGGUGGAAGCGAUGCUAAGGACAACUGCGUCUUCAAGCUUUUGGCUGAUAUAAACGCCAAUGCGUCCAUCCCGUACAAUCGCCUUGGUGUCGGUUACCAGUCUCAUGUCGGAGCUCAAGCUGGCUACUUUGUUCCUAAGGCUCAGCUAGAGGCGACAUUCGCCCAGCUCAACUCGCUCGGUGCCAAAGCCUUGAUCACCGAGAUGGAUAUGUGGAUUCAAGCAAACGACACUGUCGACCAGAGAUAUCAGGCCGCCAUUUGGGGCGACUACCUCGAUGCAUGCCUCUACGCUUCGAAUUGCUUCGAAUUCACCAACUGGGACAAUCGGGAUGACACCUCUUGGAUUACUCCUGGCAAUGGGCAUGGUGUCGCAAUGGCGACCCUUUUUGAUUCCAACGGAAACCCGAAGACAGUGACGUACGAGCUUAUUGCACGCCUCCAACGCUAUGCCAGCGGUGUCUCGGAGAUGUGCGCAACCGCCUUGGGAAGCUCUAGCUGCACCGUUCCUAGCACUUAG